AGGGACCUUAAGAGGGAGGAGCCAUUUGGAGAAAAGUUGGGAGAAAAUGAUAUAAAAUCGCAGGAGAUCAUGUAGGACGUCGUUGGUUACAAAAGAACAUGGGAAGCUGCCUUAUAAGGCGUACCAACAGUCCAUUUAACUCAGUGUUGUUUACACUGACUGGAUUUGCAGGGCUUCAGAGGGGGUGGGAUCCCCUUCCUGGAUUGGAAAAAACUACAAAAGGAGGGGGGGGAGUUUGUAUCACAUAGUCAGAAUCAACCCUCCUACUUCAAAAACUGAUUUCAAUGUACUGUUGCUAAUUUUAAAUGGAGAGGAGAUUUGUGCCCUUUUAACAGCUGCAUGGCAUGGGCAAAAAUUCAACAGGUGCAACCUUCAUUGCCACUUCUCUAUACCAGAAUAGCUCUUUCUGUUGAAUGUCUGCCUGUUUGUGCAGAUGUUAAGUGUAUGGGCCCAUUUGUCUUCUUUUUUAAAAAGUUGGCACUCUUGUUUGUAGAUCAGAGAAAACUACCAUUCAGAACAAUGAUGUCUUUAGGUGAAUGGAAAACGAUAGAAGAGGCUGGUGGCAACGUUUAAAGCAGGUGUGGGAGAACCUUUGGCCCUAGACAUUGCUGAACUACAUCUCUCAUCAGCUCCAGCAAGCAAAGCCAAUGGCCAGGGAUGAUGUGAGUUAUACUUCUGCAACAUCUGGAAGGCCAAAGGUUCCCCACAGCUGUUUUAAAGACUAACACCUUUAUAAAGUAGUGACAACAGAAGAGUUACAUAUCUUCAAAGUUGAUAAUGAGGACAUUGAAUUUGUCAAGGAUUAUCAAUACCUUGGCGCAGUCAUUAACUAAAAUGGUGACAAUAGUCAAGAAAUCAGAAGAAGGCUAGGACUGGGGAGGGCAGCUGUGAGAGAACUAGAAAAGGUCCUCAAAUGCAAAGAUGUAUCACUGAACACUAAAGUCAGGAUCAUUCAGACCAUGGUAUUCCCGAUCUCUAUGUAUGGAUGUGACAGUUGGACAGUGAAAAAAUGGAUAAGAGAAAAAUCAGCUAAUUUGAAAUGUGGUGCUGGAGGAGAGCUUUGCGCAUACCAUGGCCUGCGAAAAAUACUAAUAAUUGGGUGUGAGAACAAAUUAAACCAGAACUAUUACUAGAAGUCAAAAUGAUGAAACUGAGGUUAUCAUACUUUGGACGCAUAAUGAGAAGACAUGAUUCACUAGAAAAGACUAUAAUGCUGGGAAAAACAAGGGAGUAGAAAAAGAGGAAGACCAAACGAGAGAUGGAUUGAUUCCAUAAAGGAAGCCACAGAACUGAACUUACAAGAUCUCAACAGGGUGGUUUACAACAGAUGCAAGAGAAGCCAUGACUCUUUAAAGUGGCUAAGCCAUCUGUGCUCGCCCACCCCCAUUUGAAUUGCAUGACGUGGAUCUGAGGGAGGAUAUGGCUGAAGGGGAGAGGAUAGCCCAUCUGAAAACAGAGGAACUGGAUCCGGCUGGCUCUAGAUUAUGGGAUGGCAUGGAGGAAGCCACAAGGGAAAGCCCACCAGUUAAAGAUUCGGAUGGUGGGGCCAGGAUUAUUUUGACAGAGGACACUUCCCAGCGGGUUAAACAGGAGCCGAGCGAGGGGCUCCUUCAGCAAUGCUGGGAAGGCCAAUGGCAGGCAUUUCUGAAGGCCAUGCAGUCUCCUCACUCAGGAAGGAUCAACCCACAGCUGCCCCAGCCUGCGCUGAGGGAAGACAUCAAGGAAUUUCGGGUCUCUUCUGACGGAGCAGUCAAUGUCAGCCAGUGGCCCCGUGGAGAAUGUGGAUAUGAGAUCCUGGACUCUGCUAGAGAAGAGGUCAAGGUAGAGAUUCUGGAUGAGGAGCCCACUGGCUUGGAGGCACAAUGCCAGCGCUUCAGGCAUUUCUGCUACAAGAAAGCCAAGGGCCCCCGAGACGCCUUGAGGCGACUCCGGGAGCUUUGCCGUCAGUGGCUGAAGCCAGAGAGACACACCAAGGAGGAGAUCCUGGAGCUGGUGGUCCUGGAGCAGUUCCUGGCUGUUCUGCCCCAGGGAAUUCAGUGCCAUGUCCGGGAACAGGACCCAGUGACCUGUGCCCAGGCGGUGGCCCUUGCGGAGGAUUUCCUGAUGGGGCAGCAAGACCAAGACACCAAGAACUGGGAUCAGCAGGUCAUGAGGCUUUCUGGGCAAAAGGCUGUGAAUUCCUCCGAGGCAAGCCAGGUUCCGCCAACCCUUUGGACCGGGCAUCUUUGCAGAGCGGCCAGUCAGGAAGGGCAGAAGGGGGCAUACUCAACAGGUGACAGGCAGGUGUGUGAAAAGGAGGAGACCAGCUUUUGUAAGGGAUGUUCUGAGAAAGUGGAACCAAACAACGAAACCUUGGGAAGAGGGAAGGGUGUCCAGACUUGCAAGAAGGGAAUAACAUUUGGGAGUCAGCAGCAACCAGAGCAGGAUACAGGACCAAAGGAAACUCUCGAAAAAACUGUUGCUUGUCAGGAGGAUAACUGUGAGGGGGAAGAAGUGAGGGUCCAGCCUCAUGACAAGCAAACAACCUGCGUGGAUCCUGGGAGAAGCUUCAGGCCAACUUCUGACAUUCUCAACCAUAAGAGAAUCUCCAGCGGGGAGAAACCCUAUAAGUGUUCUUUCUGUGGGAAUAGCUUCACUCGGACAUGGGAUCUCCUGGUACACACAAGGAUCCACACUGGAGAGGCCCCAUAUAAAUGCUCCUACUGUGGGAAAAGCUUCAGCCGUGGUUCACUCUUCAGGGAACACGUGAGAACCCACACAGGAGAGAAGCCGUACAAGUGUUCACACUGUGGGAAGAGCUUUAAUCGGAAACGCUAUCUUAUAACUCAUGAAAGAAUCCACACGGGGGAGAACCCGCCUCUGUGCCUCUAUUGUGGGAAAAGCUUCUCUCAGAGGGCCAGCCUUGUUGCCCAUGAGCGAAUCCACACGGGGGAAAUCCCGUAUAAAUGUGGGCACUGUGAAAAAAGUUUCUCCCAGAAGUCCAAGCUUGUCAUACACGAGAGGACUCACACGGGAGAGACCCCCUUCAAGUGUCCCGAGUGUGGGAAAAGCUUCAGUCAGAAGGGAAACCUUAGAACACAUAUGAGAAUCCACACUGGAGAGAAGCCUUACAAAUGCCUCCGUUGUGUGAAAAGCUUUUCUCAGAGGGCCAAACUACUUGUACACGAAAAAAUGCAUACUGAAUGAUCCCAGUAUAAAUGGAUACACUGGGUGCCACACAGCUGACCACUUACUUAAUGUGUAGUAGGUGAGUUUUUCUCCCUCAUGACACUAGAAUUCAUGGACCUCCAAUGAAGGUGAAUGUUGGACGAUUCAGGACAGACAAAAGAAAGGACUUCACACAGCGCAGGGCUAAGCUGUGGAAUUCUCUCCUGCAAGGGGCAGCGGAUGGCCGCUCACUUGGAUGGCUUUAAAAGAAGUUUAGACAAAAUCGUGGAGGAUAAGGCUGUCAGUGUAUACUAGCCGUGGUGGCUACGUUCUGCCUCAACUGUCAGAGGCAGUAUGCCUUUGAAUGGCAGUUCCUGGAAACCAUUGGAGGCGAGAGUGCUCGUGCGCUCAGGCCCUGCGUUAGGCUUCUCCCAUUGGGGCAUCUGGUUGGCCAGCGGCCUGUCUAGAACAGGGGGCUGGACUGGAUGGGCCACCGGCCCGAUCCAGCUGCAGGGCUCUUCUUAUGUUCUCAAAUUAGAAAAAUUCAUCCGGAAUAAGGCUGACAGUGACUGCAAGUCAUCCUGGCUGGAUGCUGUCUCCAGAAUGAGAGCCAGCAUGACUAUGAAUACCUGUUCAGGGCAGGGGGCUGUUGUCACUAUGUCCUCCUUGUGGGCUUACCGGAGACAUUUAAUGGGCCAUUGUGAGGAACAAGAUGGACCGUUGGUCUGAUCCAGAUGGGCUGUUCUUAAUGAGCUGUGAGGCAGGAACCUCCCCAGUAGAAAUCUCACCCCUUGCUGGGUUGCACUAGGUAAACCAGGUGUGGGGAUCCUGUCUCCCCCCCCCCCAGAUGUUGCUGGGCUACAACUCCCAUCACCCCUGGCCAUUGGCCAUGCUGGAUUGGGUCUGAUGGGAGCUAGAGUCCAGCAAAACCUGGAGAGCCCGCAGGUUCUCCAUCCCUCAGGUAAGCUAUUUUCUCUGAUGCUCAGCCCCCGACGGGAGUGUAUCUGUCCAUUUUCUUAUAGAGCAGUCAUGGUUAGAGCAAUUAGGAUUAGGACUAGAAAGACCCUGGUUUGAAUCCUUGCAUAGCCAAGAUAUUCACUGGGUGAGUUGUACUCUCUCAGCCCUUAUCUACCUCACAGGGUUGUUGUGGAGACUAAAAUAGAGAUGCGGGGCCACUGUAUAUGCUGGCUUGAGCUUCUUGAAGGGAAAGUGGGGUACAACUAUAGUACAUGAGGGGAGGGGAAUCCUGUCCACCUCCCCUGCCUUGCUUCCCUAAGCUACAAAUAAUUUUCUGUCUAGGAAAAGCCUGGUGUACUGUAACCCCAGCCCACAGGGGUGACCCCAAGGCAGGCAAAGCGGCUAAGGCCACACUUGCACCAUGCACUUAAAGCACUAUCAUGCCGCUGUCAACAUUCAUGGCUUUUCCCCAAAGAAUUCUGGGAACUGUAGUUCGAGAAGGGAGCUGAGAGUUGUUAGGAGACCCCCACCCACCCAGAACUACAAUUCCCAGAGUUCCCUGGGAAGAGGGAAUGAUGGUUAAACCACUCUGGAAACUGUAGCUCUAUGAAGGUCUAACAACUCUCAUGUGGUAGCAUUGCAAAAGCCCAGUGAGAGGGCAGAGCCUGGGAGCGCAAAGGCAGGGCCUGUUCUAGCAGUGGGCGGGGCCUGAGGACCCGAUUAAAAAAAAGUGAUCUCAUAUUUCCCUCUCUGUAGUGCUGGACUAGGAAGGCUUCAGGCUUGCAGGAUCUACUCUGAUGUUUUACUAGACUCUUGAGGUCCAUGAACCAGUUGCAAAGUUGUGGGCGGGGAUGGUUGACAUACACUCACUUUGAAUUAAGGGAACAGGGUACCUCUCUGAGCAGUUGCUCAGCCUAGGCAUUUGUUUUCAAUACCAGAACUGAGCUCCUGGUUCUUCGACACAAAAAUCUGCUCCUGGUUUUCUCCCCCACAACUCUCUCCCUUUCAGUCGCCUAAUUUAGGAAGAGUGGUGGGGAGAAUGUGGUGGUGUUAAAACAGAAAUGAGAAAGUCUGGCACCUGGUGAUGAUGUCACAAGUGUUAUCUUGGGCUGACACCUGCUUAAAGGAAACAUGUUUGAGGAAUCACAUGAGUUUUACUUGGUUAAUAGUUUCAUUCAUCAAAUAAACCUGCAUAAAUGUUCAUAUAAGAAAAAAUACAUAAACGGGGAGGAGGAACAAUCCUUGUUUUGAGAUAAUACAUAUGCAUGAGGCAGCAGGAUUUAGGGAUUGCUUCUUCAAAGAUGGUGCUUGCCAUCUGCAAUUUUUAUAAGCAUGUAUUCAACAUAAUAAAAGCAUUUAUUUGAAUCUGUUAAUUGGGGGGUAUCUUUUUCAGGCUCCAAUCCUAUAUACCCUUUUGCCCCUGUUGAACUCAAUGGUGCUUGCUUUGGAGUAGACAUGUGUAGGAUUGUGGUUUUUUCUCAUUCUUAUUUCCUCCUCCCUCUCAAUUCAUUUUCCUUUUGUGCUGUGUCUUUUUAGAAGAAAAACCAAACGGCAGGGAGUGUUGUAUAAGUCACUCUGGCAGCCUUUUUUGGUUGAAAAGCUGGGCAAAACUUAAUUAAUUAAACAGAUAAGUCAUUGCAUACAUUUAUUUCUUCCUUCUGUCCCUUCCCCAUUUCAGGGGGUUCCAUUGGCUAGCCACCACUGUGGCUACCACAAGUA